GGUUACAGCAGCCUGCGCUUCCGGCCGAUCAGGACGCUGAGCUCAGCAGUGGAGAACCUGAGACGGUGUAAGGUUGUGGGAGUGAUCGAUAAGGUGCAGAUCAUCCAGGAUCCGGCCACUGGUGGGACCUUUAUACUUAAGAGCCUCCCCAAAUCCCACGUUGAGACCCGUGAGCGACAGACCAUCAUCCCUCAUGGGGUCCCCUUCAUGGUCAAGCUGCUGUGUUACUAUGUGAGUGAGGACUCCAUCUUCCUCCACCUGGAGUACGUGCAGGGGGAGAUGCUGUGGUCUCACCUCCGCUCCAAGUACUGUGUCCAGCAGGGCUCUGCCGAUUCAAACACCGUUCCAGCCCUGAGGGACCGUGGCAGAGAGGACGGCGUGGGAAGCUCCCAGGGCAGCAGCCAAGCCUCCAUCUUCUCUGCUGGGACAGGCAGUGGCCUCCCAGGCUCUGUAACCCACCGAGUGCUGGGAAACACUGACGCCUUGCCCCCUCGGGAGCAGUCCCCUGACCCCACGGGCCCCGGCUCAGGGAACCACUGCCAGCUUCGCUGGGCCCCUGCCAGUAGCAUGAGGCCUGCACCCGGAGGGCCAGAUCUAAGCGUGACACAGGCUGUGUCCAGUGUCAUGGACCAUGUUCCAGCAGCAUCAGCUAAAGGCUCCGGCCACCUUAACAGCCAGGGCCUGGUCAUCUACGCCUGGGAUGCUCUAACCAGCAGCACGGGCUGCAUACUGGAGAGAGCAGCCUCCCUGCAAGACCCAAGGCUUCCCCAGACGCCCACCUCCAUACCGAAGACUGUGAGAGGGGGCCAGCCAGGGGCCAGGGAUCCACCGUCUCAGCACGUGUCUGAGGUCCCCUGGGCUCAGCCCCUCCUGACCUCGGGUCAGAGGCAGCUUCAUGCCGGAGUUGCCCUGCCCAGCUCUGGAAAGCCCCAUGGGCCUGACCCAGUGGUGCGGCAGCCCUCGUGGGGAGCAAGCCUGACCUGUGGCCAGCUCAGAGAGCAGCUGCCAUCAGGACAGGGCCAGCCCCUGGCUUCCCGUGGGCAUGGCCGGAGAGCCUGGGCUGUGAAGGAGGAGCAGGUGCAGCUGUGGGCAGCAGAAAUCCUCCUGGCCUUAGAGGGACUUCACCAACAGGGUGUAUUGUGCCGGGACCUAAACCCAAGGAACCUACUGCUCGAUGCAAGUGGUCACGUCUAUCUCACCUUCUUUGGCCAGUGGACAGAGGUGGAGCCCCAGUGCUGCAGCCAGGCACAGGAAGAGCUGUACAGUGCCCCAGAAGUGGGGGGAAUCGCGGAGCCCACUGAAGCAGCUGACUGCUGGAGCUUUGGGUCUCUCUUGUACGAGUUGCUGACAGGAGUGCCCCUGUCCCAAAACCACCCUUCAGGAAUUCAACCUCACACCCAGUUGUAUCUGCCAGAGGGGCUCAGCCUGGCUGCCACUUCACUGCUCACUGAGCUCCUACAGUACAACCCAAAGCAGCGUUUGGGCUCUGGAGGAGGUGGCAUGGCGAAGCUGAAGUCCCACUCCUUCUUCAGCAGCAUCCCAUGGAACAAGCUGGUGGGCUAG